UAUGCAAGCUCAGAGCUGAGCAGGCUGUAAAGCAGCACUGAGCCUCGGGAGUGGAAGGUCUGCCCUGUUCAAAGGAACCAUCUCCUUGGCUUGCAGGGUAGAUGCAUCAAGAACAAAAAACUAUUCAGCUUGCAUAACAAAUAAUGGAGACCACCAGCAGCACUCCAUCAUCUGUGACUCCCCAGUGGGAUGGGUUUCCCCAGAAGACCUUGGACUCUGUGGACAUUGUUGUUCUUGUUCUGUAUUUUGUAUUUGUCCUGGCUGUUGGACUGUGGUCCAUGUGGAAGACACAGCGAAGCACUGUAAAAGGCUACUUUCUAGCUGGAGGAGAGAUGCUUUGGUGGCCUGUGGGUGCAUCCCUAUUUGCUAGUAAUGUUGGAAGUGGCCACUUCAUAGGUCUGGCUGGGUCAGGAGCAGCAUCAGGAAUUGCUGCAACAGCCUACGAGUGGAACGGGAUGUUUUGCGUUUUGGUGCUGGCCUGGCUAUUCCUUCCAAUUUAUAUAGCAGCAGGAGUUACUACCAUGCCAGAGUACUUGCAGAAACGUUUUGGAGGCAAAAGAAUUCAGAUAUUCCUAGCAAUUCUCUACUUAUUCAUCUAUAUAUUCACCAAAAUAUCAGUCGAUAUGUAUGCUGGGGCCCUCUUCAUUCAGCAAGCCUUACACUGGGACCUCUAUAUCGCUGUUAUAGGCUUGCUGGCAAUCACAGCUGUUUACACUGUUGCAGGUGGCCUGGCAGCUGUAAUAUACACAGAUGCUCUGCAAACUUUCAUCAUGCUGAUUGGGGCUGUGACUCUCAUGAUCUUCAGCUUUGUUGAAGUUGGCGGCCUUGAAGGUUUGCAGACAAAAUAUUUCAAUGCCAUUCCUAGCAACCACAAGGAAAACAGUAGCUGCGGCUUACCAAGAGAAGAUGCUUUUCACAUUUUUCGAGAUCCUGUUACCUCUGAUCUUCCUUGGCCAGGAGUAUUGGUAGGAAUGACCAUCCCGUCUCUGUGGUACUGGUGCACAGACCAGGUCAUCGUUCAAAGGUCUCUGGCUGCUAAAAACCUCUCUCAUGCCAAAGGAGGCUCCUUGAUGACCUCCUACUUGAAAAUUUUGCCCCUCUUUAUGAUGGUAAUGCCAGGCAUGAUCAGCCGGAUUCUCUUCCCAGAUCUGGUGGCUUGUGCAGAUCCAGAAAUUUGUCGAAAAAUCUGUGGCAAUCCAUCUGGCUGUUCUGAUAUUGCUUACCCUAAGCUGGUCAUAGAACUUCUGCCUGUAGGACUUAGGGGCCUGAUGAUGUCAGUGAUGAUAGCAGCUCUUAUGUCCUCCUUGACUUCCAUCUUUAAUAGCGCCAGUACCAUUUUCACCAUGGACCUCUGGAAACAUUUCCGGCCUUGCUGUUCCGAGUGGGAGCUCAUGAUUGUUGGCAGGAUCUUUGUGCUGCUGCUCACUGUGGUAUCCAUCCUGUGGAUCCCAUUGGUACAGGCUGGCCAGGGAGGGCAGCUCUUUAUUUACAUGCAGUCGAUCAGCUCCUAUCUGCAGCCCCCAGUGGCAAUGGUGUUUAUUUUGGGUUGCUUCUGGAAAAGAGCGAAUGAAAAGGGUGCAUUCUGGGGCCUGGUGAUUGGGCUGCUGCUGGGCGUCAUUCGAUUGGUGCUGGACUUCAUUUAUCCAGAGCCCCAGUGUGGAGAGACAGACAUCAGACCAGGUGUGGUGAAAUACAUGCACUAUCUCUACUUCUCCAUGGUCCUAGCUGCGAUUUCUACAAUCACUGUGCUGGUUGUGAGCAUGCUCACAGAACCCCCCUCGGAAGAAAUGAUAAGUCGGCUUACCUGGUUCACACGUGGGGAUCUACCAGUCAAGCAAGACCUAGCAGUCAGCACUUCCCCUGAUGCUGGAAAUGGAGUGUGUGAAGCUGAGCGUCCAGCUUUCCAGAUUGAUAUAAGCAUUGCCUCUGAAAAUAGUUCAAAUGAUAAUAAAUGUACAACUAAUACCAAAAAGAGCUCUAAGUUGACGACAGUCUUUCUGUGGCUCUGUGGGAUGGAACGCAAACAGGACAAUUCUGAGAACGUGAUGCCGACCAAACCUGAACCUCCAGUGGCUUCAUUGGACGAGAAACCUCUGGUGAAACACGUCCUGAACAUCAACUUGAUAUUAUGUGUAUGUGCUGGGCUCUUUCUCUGGGCCUACUUUGCAUAGUAGUUGGCUGUUUGAUUCAAGAUGACAUCAACUAAUUUUAACUGGUGUAAAUAGUAAUAAUUAGCAGAGGGUUAAUGUAAUUUGUAAUCCUUUCUAAAUUUUAUUUCUUUUUUUAAGAACAGAGAUCCUCCUCCCUCAUACUUUCCUUAUUCCUAAUGAGGGGCCUAAUUGUGAAAGGUGCUGGGCCUUCUUAGCACCAUCACAAUUGGACCCAAACUGGAAACAACAGGAUAAGUGUAAGGAGCUGAGGAAGGCAUCGAGGCAGAAAAGGUUUGUUUGGUUAUUUUAAACUUUAAAUUAUGUUUUUUGGAGUAAAGCACUACCUGGAAUUCAGGAAAUCUGGAUUCUAUUCCCAUCUGUGCCUCUAUGACCAGCUACGGUGUGCUUGAUUUCCUUUUCUGAUAGCUCCUCUAACUCUGAGGAGUGAAUAACUUCUCCAAGUGGCAUAAGGAGGGCCAGCAUUCGUUUGCGAGGUACUCUGUCGCUGUAGCAAGUGCUUUACUGCCUUAGCUCACGGUGGUUCACCUUCCUCAACGAAUGCGCACACGUGCAGUACACAAAAGCAUGCGUACAAUUAGCAUUGGGUCCAGACGCUUCUGUGAGUCUGUGCUAAAGUUAAAGUAAUUCUUAUUGUCCGCGUAUACGUGAGUCUUUCCAUGCAGUAUGUCAAAACCAAGCACAGUCCUGAGGCGGCAGGGGCAGACCAGCAAGUUGACUCUGACUAACGCCAGCAUGCAGCGUAGAAACCAGAAACCGCAGGAACAGCAGUGUUAAAUAUAAUCAAAUACACCUGAAGGAACUAAAACAACCCAGACAGCAAAGCAAAAGAACCAACUAACACCGAGCACUGCUGGAGUCGGUGGAGGGGAUGAUGGCGCGUGCGUGUCGGACAGCACCUUUUCCCCUUCUCCGGACUGUCUUUAGCUGUUCUGUGAGCAGUUUAACGCUGUUAAAAAAAUUCCGCCAGGGCCAAUAAAAACAUUUUAAAUAACAUAUCCUCUGAGGCGGCAGCCAGGAGGAAACAUAACCUGGGCUGCACUGUUAGCGUUGUAAUUCAGCCUCCUUCUCGUGAGCUUAAUCAAACAAUGUCCGCUGGUGGCUUUUGUGUAGCUGGAGAUGAGCUCAUUAA